AUGUGGACUCUCCGGAGACUCUUACGCGUGCCAUGGACCGCACAUGCCACGAAUGAAGAAAUUUUGAGAACUGCAGGCUGCGAACGAGAAAGACUUAACAUCGUUAAAGAAAGAAAAGUUUCCUACCUCGGCCAUAUCCUUAGAGGAGGUAAUCAAAAGGAUGAAGACCAGGCAGAUACCGUCGGUUGUUGUUCAUUGCGUUGUGAACAUAUUGAGCUCCACGAGGAAAAAGAUGGCAAAUAUUACGUAGUCGUAUUCGAUUUUCUUGGAAAGGAUUCUAUUCGGUACUAUAAUGAGGUGCCGGUAGAAAAAGAGGUCUUUAAAAAUUUACGGCUCUUUAUGGAGAACAAGAAAAAAGGGGAUGAUCUUUUUGAUAAGCUUAAUACUCAAAUCCUGAACAAAUAUCUAAAUUAUUUGAUGAAAGGACUUACAGCCAAAGUUUUCCGUACUUAUAACGCCUCAUGGACUCUGCAGCGACAACUCGACGAACUAACGAAUGAAGAUGACUCGAUUGCCGAAAAGAUUUUAUCUUACAAUAGAGCCAACAGGGCCGUAGCUGUAUUAUGUAACCUUCAAAAAGCGGUACCAAAAGGACAUCAAAGAUCGAUGGAUAAACUGAAAGAGAAAAUCGAUUCAAAGCGUGAUCAAAUUGAGGAUGCUAAACGACAAGUGAAAGAUGCACGAAGAAAAGCUAAACAUGGGAGCAUUAAAAAGAAAAUGGUUUACGACAAUAAAAAGAAAAUGCUGGAACGACUUAAGGAUCAAUUAGCCAAACUAGAAAUUAAGAAGACUGAUCGAGAGGACAAUAAAACAAUUGAUUUCGAGAGUUCAAAACUGAAUUAUAUAGACCCUAGAAUUACAGUUGCAUGGUGCAAAAAACACUCGGUUCCAAUUGAGAAAAUUUAUAACAAAACUCAACUAGAAAGAUUCCGAUGGGCCAUUGAUAUGGAUGGGCCCGACUAUAGGUUUGACAAAAUUAAGUAAUUCAAGAUGCCUCAAGCAGUGUCGCCGUAUACUUAUUUAUUGUUCAAAUAUUUCCGUUCGCAAAAUGAAGUACCAUUUUUGCGUAAUGUAAUGUUGACCAUACUUUUGUUUUUGCUAGGGUUUUAAGUAUUCUCUUUAAUGCAUGUGCAUAAUUGUUUCAUUCAUUUUGAGCCGUUUAAAGUAGCAGGCUCAUAUUAUUAUUUUUUAUUGUUAUAUUAGAUCACAUAUACA